AUGCCUAGGUUUCCAGUCAACUUCCGGCGGAAAUCGACCGUGAUCGACGACAAUGGGCCGGUAGAGCCGUCAUUCCGGGUCCUCGACCGGACGUCAGUUGGAAGUAAUAAAUCGUUCGAUAGUGGUCCGAGGAUGAAGGCCAGCGGAGGAGUACACAAGACGACGCUAUCCGAAAUUGCUAUCGAAGACAACCUGUUUGUUGACGGGAAAACAAAUCGUGGCAGUGGAAGCUCCAACACAACUAAGACGGCUUCUGACAACUCGUCGCGCCACAGCAAUGUAUCGACUGCUCCUUCAUCAACCGACUUCACAGUGUCCGAUGAGUGGAGAGGAACGGCGAGAAAAUCCACCUACGACCCCACACACCCACCAGCACCGAAAUCUUCUACAAGCGGGUUUCUGAAGCACGCCGGAAAGACGUUUUCUUUCAGCAGCACAAAAAAGCACAGUUUGCCAACAAUACCAGCUGGGACGGAAGAGACGGCUCCGUCAAUUGACCCUCAGACUCCUGGCGGGCGACGAACUAGGGCACAGACCGCCUCCACAACUAGUACCGCAACACCACCCAAAGUGGAGGACCGGGAUUUCAUGCUCGACUUGGGCGGUGAUCUGAGCAACAUGCUUUCAUCUUUCAAUAAGAGAGCUAGUCUCGCCGCGGCGAAGAACGAAUCUGGCCGGCCCGCGUUGGCCUCACGAAAUUUGACGGGAAAUCGAAUUAGCCAUCCAUCUCCUCUUCAUCUUGAUCACAUGGCACCCGUUGAGCCACCUCCGCACUCGUGGAAUAGCCAAGGUUCACAUGACGGACUUCUCGGGUCUGGAAGGAUCUACGCCUCCCCUAGCAACCAAAAUGUGCCUCCGCCUGUGCCGAGGCACACCAUGAGCCCCCCAACCGGACGUCGGAUGUCGGAUGAGGCCGAUGAGGAUUCAAGACUUCUCAAAGACUCGCUCGCUGCUGCUACUUACUUGUCCGGCGGUGCAGCUAGUUCCGGUGGCUAUCGGAGAAACGAGGAUAGCAUCUCCAGUCUGCCCGACACGUACGCAAAGCUUUCGCGGUUCGAUGCAAAGACCGAUGAAGACAACAUGUUCGACACGUCGUACAACCGACCGGCCAAGGGCAUGCAACGCGCUGCAAGCCGCCACAACCAAAAACCCGGCAAUAAAGUCAUGACCCCGGAAGAGUUUGAAAGGUAUCGCCAGGACAAGGUGAGACAACGCCAUCAAGACAGUGCCGAGAAGGAUGAUUCGGACGACGAAGACGAGGUCAACUACGAGGACGAUGAAGACGAGAUGGCAAGGAAGCAAGAGUUGGCUAAGCAGAGGCGCAAGCAAGAAGCUCACAUGACAGUCUACCGACAACAGAUGAUGAAGGUCACUGGGGAACAAUCGGGAAUGGGCCCUUCUCGGCCGACCAUGUCCAUGUCCAUGUCUAUGAGCACUCCGAAUCUCACACUGAACGGCAAACAAGCGAGUGGCUCAAAUUCUCCUCCCUCGGAGGCAUCCGACGAUGACGACGAAGUGCCUCUAGCCAUCUUGCAGGCUCACGGUUUCCCCAACAAGACGCGACCGCCGACUCGAUUAACCAACAUGUCGUCCAACCCGAACCUGAGGGCCUCGGCUGCGGGGUCUGUUACAGGAGAGAACCAAGGCGCCGCCCCUCGAGGUAAUCUCCCAGCAUUCGCGCGGAAGUUGCCUCAAGAUCCAUUCCUUGGGGCGGGGUUGGUGAAUGGGCCUCCCCGCGAAUCCUUCGCCUUGCCGGGAGGUUCCCCGGCUGCUUUGCCCAAUCGAUCUGCACCGCCUGGAGGCUUAGUCGGCGUGAUUGCAAGUGAGGAACGCCAAAGAGCCGCGAGACGAGGCAGCCCGGCAGUCGACAAUGCGAACAACGGCGGCGUGGGUCAACAGAUGCAGCUGCCAAUGAACGGCGGGUUCGAUCCCAUUGCCGGCAUACCACCCCAGAUGAUGUACCCCAUGGGCAUGCCGCAGAUGCCGCAGAUGCCGAUGCUGACGCCUGGCGACCAAGCUCAAAUCCAAAUGACGCAACAAAUGCAGCAAUUCAUGCAGAUGCAGAUGCAAUUCAUGCAAAUGAUGGCCUCUCAGCAGGGGCAAGGACAAAUGCAACCGCAGAUGAUGCAACAGCCGAUGCAACAACAACAAAUGCAGACCCAAGGACUAGUUCGUCCCCAGGGACAUCUACCUGGUCAGUCAUUGGGAUCAGUGCACGACAUGCCACGCAACUUCUUAGGGGAUCCUAUGGGUUUGGGUGUGAGCAACGGAAUGAGUUUGGAGCUUCCGAGGGGAGAUGCGCAGAUGCGGACUAUGAGCAUGGUUCAGCCAAGCUCAGCAUCGUGGAUCCAGCCUCCUUCCGGCCUUGCACCGUCGAUAUGUAUCCAGGGCAACGGCUAUGCACCUUCAAUAGCUCCAUCCGAGCGCAGCAACGUUGGUCUUCCCGGACGCUACCGACCAGUCUCAAGCAUGGCGGACCCAGCAUCCAGGACAGUGACCAUGUCUGGCGCCUUGCCAAAUAUUUCCAAACUCCACAUCGAAACGAAGACUGCCUCUCCGGCGAACGAUGACGAGGACGAUGAUGAGGAGGGCUGGGAGGCAAUGAAGGCAAAGAGAGAAAAGAAGAAGAGCAUUUGGCGUUCCAAGAAAAACUUCGGAUCUGAUAUUGGGGCGCUCAUCAACUAA